UACACAAAGCAUUAUAUUAUCAUAUACGUAUCGUAUUAGUGACUUACUCGUCUUAAAGAAACGAACCUUUUCAAAAAAAGAAAAGAAAAGCUGAAUGGACACAUGCAAACAAACCUUUUCACAACUUCUCUUCACAAUGAACACGUUGUGGGAAACUGGUGCGAUCAUUUAAUCUCUCUUUAUCAUACCUCUUGCACAGAUGUAACCACUGCCUGUGAGUUACGAGACAGAAAACUGAAUAUAGUGUAUUUUUAAACACUGAUCGUACCAAACAUAUAAGUUGUAAAUAUGACCGCACACGGUAAAGAAAUUCUGUAAAUCUUCUGUGUAAAUCAUAACGAUCGUGUUCUUUGCGAAACUUUUCCUCGUAUAACUGCGUGCGUUACCUCGCCGAAUCAAAGAAUCCACUUUCCGGCCAAUCAGAAGUUGAGAGGGCCGAGCGAGCAGCCAAUCAGAACGGAGGAGGCAGAGCUCCGGAUCGAGUUGACGGUGCGUGGCUCUGAUUUGUCUCAGUUUACUCGAGCUCGCCAAACGGCUCGGCCGCGCCGGUCAGAGAGCAGAAAACAGACUUUCCAUGGAGUGACACGGGCACCAAAGAGCAUUCGCCACCUCAGACAGCCUUAAACGUACGUCUAGAGUGUUUAUGUCGAGUUGCGUGUCAUUUCCCGGCGAACAAAAUGUCUCAAAGGGUUCGCAAAAACGGAUCCCCGACGUCUAACUGCGGCGGAGCGACCGCGGGAAGCCCGAGCGGAUCCCCGGGGAUCAGCGCCGCUGGAGUGAGUUUACUGGGUCGCCUGCUGCCCAUGAAAGCCACGGUUCCCUUCCAGCUGAAAACGCAGACACAGCUCCCUCUACAGUCACGGACGGCCCUCUCCUCCGCCGGUAACGGUAAAUGCCACAGCGGCGGAACCCACAGCCGGAGCCCCACGCGAUCCCUCUCCUCCAGUGCCUCGAACGUUUCUGCAGCCACGUCCACUUCCUCCGCGACGUGCGCGCAGUUCAUCGCCGUUUCCUCCGCUCCCUCCUCAUCGUCGCCUUCUUCCUCUUCUUCACCAUCCUCAUCCUCAUCGAGAACUAGUCCCGUUAUCGCCGUGCACGCGCCGAGCCCCAGAGCGCCCCACGCGCAGACACCUGUGCCAUCCUCGUCAGGUGCGCACCUGAGCCCCCCGUGCUGCUCUCCCUCCCAGCAGGUCAGCUGCAGCUCGGACGCGUCUGCCCUUACCUCUAAUUUAUCAGCCUCUCCGUCUUCAUCCUCGUGCGCUCACAGGGCCAAGCCCCUCCAGACCCCCGAGCACGACAGACUGUCUCCGGAGAGGCUCAGUCCCAGCUCACCUGUCUGCACAGACAAGCAUAGGCUUCCUGUGGCAGGGUCUUGGUAUACCACCAGCAAUAACGGUAGCAUUCGUCGCACCUCUUCUUUGGAUGCGCUCACGGCCCCUUACCUGUCUGGACACUGGCCCCGGGAUGCCAACCACGCCCCUUGUGCCCCUUGCAUGAGAGACAAAUCCACUCAGACCCCCAGCGCCUGGGCCGAUGAAUGCGAAGAGAAGAAGAAGGGCUGUCACAAGCGCUCAGCCUCCUGCGGCAGCACUGACCAGCUAAAAGAGAUUGUGAAGCUGAGGCAGCAGCUGCAGCGCAGUAAACACAGCAGCCGUCACCAUCGAGACAAGGAACGCAAAUCUCUCUUCAAUGGCAACCAUGCUGCUUUCAGCCAAUCACAGGCUCCUAUUCCAAAGAGCGUCCUGAUCUCUAUCCCCAUCUCCAAGUCCUCUGUCUCUCGCUUCCGGAACAGCGUGGAGGGGCUGAAUCAGGAGAUCGAGCGUAUUAUUAUCCGAGACACAGGAGACAGAGAGGAGCAUCUUAUUCCUCAGGAGGCUCCGGAUGGGCAUCGGGCUCCUCCUCCUCUCUGCCAACGCAGCGCCAGCUCCCGCAGCAUUGACACACAGACGCCCCUGGGCACCGCAGCGGCUAGUAACCACAGCAACAGCAGCAGCCGCUCUCAGUCCAUCUCACCCACGUUCCUGAACGUGCCAAGCGAGGCCUGCAGCGAUAGUCCAUCUCCCCAUGAGGACGAGACUCUGGCUGACGGCCGUGAGAAAGAUCUGGCUCCCAGCUCACCCCUGCCCAAAUACGCCUCCUCCCCGAAGCCGAACAACAGUUACAUGUUCAAACGCGAGCCGCCCGAGGGCUGCGAGCGAGUCAAGGUCUUCACAGAGGAAACGCAGGCCAGGCCUCCGCGGGAGAUCCCACAGUUCCUGUGCCCAGAUAGGAACAAGGUCAAUUUCAUCCCCAAGAGCGGCUCUGCGUUCUGCCUGGUCAGCAUUCCCAAACCGCUGAUGCCCACACAGGAGCUCAACAACCUCAAGAACCAGAGCGCCGGCCGCCUCCCGCCCGAACCCGAGCCGAGAGUCUCGCGAAGAACCUGCAUGCUUUCCCAGCAGCCCUCAGGCUCCUCCCCCUCCUCCUGUCUGUCAGAGAGUUAGGCACGCCCCUCAAGCAGCAACUGCGUCCAAAUACCCUGCACAUUUCAGUAAUCGAACAUGAUUUAAAAAAAAAAAAUAAGUGACUCUUAGAGAACAAAGCGGUUGUUAUUAAUAAUAGCUUUCGUCGGGUGAGAAGAUGAAACGGUUGCCUUUGCUAUGCACAUUUUUAGCUUUGUGCUUGUUCUCAAAGAACGAAGGCCAUUUGUGGGGGGGGGUUGGGUUUGUGAUAAACGUAUUUAGCUUUUUAUUCUUCCUCUACCAUUUAUAGAUAACGAGUGAACCUGAGAAACGUGUCUCAGAUCGUUAUGAAAAUUAAACUAAAUGAUCUUUCUCAGUACUGAGGUGGCUGCAUAGAUCUGUUUUUGUGAGACACAGUGUAUAUUUUAUAAUAGUUUGCAGUGGAUCGCGUUUGCGAGAAUCGUUUCUAACGUACUAGGACCGGCAUGCCAUUGAAUACAAAGGAUGCCAUUUCAGAUGAGACCAAGAGACCUGGUAGAGUGAAUUCUGGGUUGAUGAAGGUCUCCGGGACUGAAUCGUUUUCACAGCGGAAAGCCUUCUCCGUUCAGUCCUGACCGAAGCUGCAGGGAAACGGGAGAGAGUGGUUCUUUGCUCUUUCUCCUCUUCUUUUCUCACUGACGGUGAGAAGACAGAAAGGUGCUAAAGAUAAGACUAGCGAGCGCGAGAGAGAACGUCGGUUAACCGCUACAGGACGAGUGGCCUGUAAACUCGAUUCUUUUGUUUGCGUAGUUGUAAAAUGCGUUUCGAAUGCAUAUGGGUCCAAACUCUGAACUUCGAACCCAGCAGGGAAAAAAAGUGAGAGGGAGAGGAGGGCAAGACGGGAUCUGGGUGGACGGACGAGAUGUUUUCUCACCUCUGGCAAAGAUUAAGCCGAUUUAGCUUGAGGAAUGUUUGAAAGAAGACAUGACAAGUACAAAACCGAACUGCGAAAAUGUCCAGAUAGUUCACAAUUCAGACGUCUAUCAAAACAUUCGUGGAAUGUUUCCGGUGAUUUCCAAUGAAAUAGUUUACAAAGUCAGAGCACAAUAUUGUCAUUAGAGUGAUUUAAUGCAUGCAUUCUGAGAAAUGUCUGUUUGUGUGUGUGUGUGUGUGUGUGUGUGUGUGUGUGUGUGUGUGUGUGUGUCACUAGAUGCAAGCAAUUAAAAACGGCACAGAUUUUCUCUCCGUUUCAGUGUCUAAGUGGCAUUUUCAUCAUGGAGCAGACUUUUCCAAAUCUUCCUUAUUGAGCAUCUAGGCUGAUUUCCUAUGCUGUAGUUGUUUUUAUCGUUAUUUUCGUAUGAAAUCAAGUAGUGUCUGAAAGAUUGUCAUUUUAUGCAGCUCACGCAAGUGCUUCUGUAGACUUGGCCAAAGAGAAUAUUUCCUGUGGCUCUGUGACAGUCAUUGUAGAUGGAGAAAGAUGGAAUUAUAAGGAGACUUAAAGUGCCCCUAUUAUGGAUAAUGAAAGGUUCAUAUUUUGGUUUUGGGAGUCCCCAACAACAGGUUGCCAGGCAUUCAAGGUCAAAAACACUUUCAUUGUCUUAUAAUAUGCCUUUUUUUCGCUCAACUGCCGCCAUACGUUUCUCUCAACAGUUCAUUUUACCAAAGCCCUCCCACAACCCUCGCCUGACACUAAUCUCUGGUGAUUGGUCUGGUGAUUAGGUUUGUGUUGGUUUGUGUCCUGCGUAUCCAGGUAAAGCAGGCUAUUUUACUAGCGGCACCUAGUGGUAAAGAAUUAAUUUGCGUUUUCAUUCAGACUAUCACAAAACGACCAACAAGUGGACGGGCAAUAUGCUAAUGCUUCGUGCUGACCUCAUACCGAGGCUUAAGAUUAGAAAAAAAAAUGAUUAUAAAGAAAAUAACUUCAAACGCGGCACACUUUCAGAUUUAAAGCUGUUUUACACACUGCAUGAAAGUUAAUUUUCAAAAAUCCAUAAUGGGGCACUUUAAACAGUUUACCCAAAAUUGUAUGAUUUUCCCAUCUCCUGUGGAACACGUAAAAUAUAUUUUGAGAAAAGGUUUUUUUUUUUUUUUUCUCCUGUCCAGACAAUGAAAGUCAAAGGGCACCGCGACGGUUUGGUUCCCGACACUCUUAUUGUCCGUUCCACAUUAGACUGCCACACGGGUUAUGAUAGCGAGCGGGCCUAAACGAUGACAGAACGUUCAUUUUGACUGAACUAUCCCUUUAAUGGACAACAGUAAUGCAAACUGAACGUUGUGUCACUCGCUUCCAGGAGUAAUUUAGGAUUUCCAGAAGUGCCGUGGGAAGGUUUUCAGCAUCGCGCUCGGGUCACGGACGGUCCGCUUGCGGUGUUGCUCGUGCUUCGCGCGCAGGGUGGGGUUCCUCAAAGUUAUGUUGUUGGGAGGCAUUUUAGCAGAGUUCCUGUUUUUUCUUGUUCGCUCUUGUAGUUAAAGCAUCGUUUCGAGCUUUAACCGACAUGCAACACGAACCUGGAAUACUUUAGCACUUUUACACCAGCGUCGCGAAUCAGUACGGGACCUCUGUGUUUGAACUGAAAUAAUCUCGCAGCCUGUGAUUACUAUCGUAGAUCAGUACUCAGGAAUGUAAAAGCAGCAAUCUCUUCUGGCAACGGCACAAGAAUCCAAACAUUUCUUGCUCGAAAACAAAUUGAUAACGUUUUAUCAAGCGCUUUGUAUAUCUCCUUAGGAUAUGUAUUGAAGUAGAGAACUCUCUCACUGUAGGGCCAAUAUUAAUAUACUUUUAUAUGGGUAGCGGCCUACUCUUUGUAAUUAGAGCGGAAUAUCAGUGGGAUAUUGAUAAUGUACAACUUCUUAACACGGGGACGGUGAUGUAUGAUGUUGGACGCCGUCUGUCUCGGUGGAUGUUUCUCCACAUACACCAUAUAGUCUCUUGUGUUGUUACGUGUGUAUGGAACUCACCAGAAUAAAGUUGCACUCGCUCCAAA